AUGGAUGUCACAAAUACCUUUCUCCACGGUACUAUUGAUGAAGAGAUUUACAUGAGUCUUCCACAAGGCUAUACUCCUGCAAAUGGUGCGCCUUUACCUCCGAAUGCAGUCUGCAAGUUACACAAAUCAUUGUAUGGCCUUAAACAAGCAUCACGACAGUGGUACCAUUGCUUCUCUACUAUGGUUCUCAAUGAGGGUUUUGAGCAGUCUCAUGUUGACAAUUCUUUGUUUGUUAAACAAACUGGUGAAUCGUUCAUUGCAUUAUUGGUCUAUGUCGAUGACAUUAUGAUUGCAUCCAAUAAUGACUUUGAUUUACAGGCUCUUCAGGCUGCUCUGCAUAAGGCGUUUAAGAUUAAAGAUUUCGGUGCUCCUCGAUAUUUCAUUGGUCUUGAAAUAGCUAGGAAUGCUUCGGGGAUCUCUAUAUGCCAACGCAAGUAUGCUCUAGAUAUUCUUGCUUCCACAGAUAUGCUUGCUUGUAAACCUGAGAAUGUUCCCAUGGAUCCGACUAUUCACUUAAGUAGGGAAUCAGGAAACCUGUUAGUGGAUGGAACUUCAUGUAGGGAAUUGGUUGGGCGAUUGUUAUAUCUUACCAUCACUAGGCCAGAUAUUACUUUUGCUGUUAACAACCUUAGUCAGUUCCUUUCAUGUCCAACUGAUGUUCAUUAUGCUGCUGCUCUACGUGUACUACGCUAUAUCAAGAGUAAUCUGGGACAGGGUCUUUUCUAUUCUGUGGACACGGAACUAUAUCUCAAUGCGUUCAGUGAUGCAAAUUAUGGUACAUGCCCUGAUUCUCGCCGUUCUGUUACUGGCUUCUGUGUUUACCUUGGUACGUCCUUGAUAAGUUGGAAGUCUAAGAAGCAAGGAACUAUGAGUCGUAGUAGUACAGAAGCAGAGUAUAUGUGA